GCGGGGUUUGAUGGCCACAGCGCCACAGUGUUGCCUGCUGCUGGCAAAUUUAGCUGUCAUCUGAGCCGAUGUUAAAGAUGGCUGGAAACAAGUCUUAUACUAUAGUUGAAUAUUUCGGUGGGGAUUGCGGUUACCGGUGUGGUUACUGCAAAAAUGAUGAAGGCAACUUUUCUCACGGGAUGUGGUCUCACACCAUGACUGUGCAAGACUACCAAGACCUCAUAGAUAGAGGGUGGAGAAGAAGUGGGAAAUACGUCUAUAAGCCUAAAUUGGACAAGACAUGCUGUCCACAGUAUACCAUCAGAUGUCAUGCACUGAAAUUCCAGCCUUCCAAGUCCCACAAGAAAGUCCUGAAAAAGAUUAGCAAAUUCAUUUCCAAAGGGGAAUUACCAAAAGGACAGGAUGAUGGGGAGCCAAUGGACUCGGUGUGUGACGAAGCAGGUCCACGGGAACCAAGUACUGUCUGCCACUCUGAAUUGAAGUGUGCUGCAAUCGCAGACAUUCAGAAGGAGCUACCGGAGUGUCCCGCUAUCACGGAAGUUCAGAAAGAAGUAGUGGACGGCGCUCCAGUCGACUCAGAGAAGUCAAGGAAGGAUCCAGAGUCUGUCGCGGAUGAGAGAACAACAGCCGCAGCUCCUAAACCAGGAAUGGGUGCUGAUCCUGGCCGGCCGCAAUGUCGGAAGGCCAAAGACUUGAGAAAGGAGCGCCGUCUUCAGAAGGAGCAGAUUAGACAACAUGCUGAUGGUGACUCUUCUAUUGUCUCUCCAAUGCCACCCACUGCGGCACAGACCAAGCAACCCAAACCCCUGGAAGAUUUCAUCAAUGAGUCACUGCCUGACAACUCUUCUCAUUGCCUUGAGGUGAGGCUAGUGCGCUGCAAUCCCCCUAGCCCGCAGUUCAAAGCCUCUUUCGACGCCUCUUACCAGGUGUACAAACUCUACCAGAUGGCCAUUCACAAGGACCCUCCUGACAAACCCUCCGAGAGCCAGGUGAGGCUAGUGCCGGUCAACUUUGAGGACCCUCAAUUCACAGCGUCCUAUCAGCGGUCGGUGGCGCUGUACGCCCGCUACCAGAUGGCCAUUCAUGGUGAUGACCCCAGCGAAUGUAGUGAGAGCGAGUUCCGGAGGUUUCUCUGUGAUUCACCACUAGAGGCGGAACAUUCUCCUGAUGGGCCCGAGGUGGGCUAUGGCUCCUUCCACCAGCAGUACUGGCUGGACGGACGCAUCGUGGCGGUGGGGGUGAUCGAUAUCCUGCCGACAUGCGUGUCCUCUGUCUACUUUUACUACCACCCGGACUUCGCCUCGCUGUCUCUGGGCUCCUACUCUGCUCUCAGGGAGAUCGCUUUCACCAGGCAGCUGCAGAAACAGUCCCCCAAGCUGUCCUACUACUACCUGGGCUUUUACAUCCACUCCUGUCCCAAGAUGCGCUAUAAGGGGCAGUACCGGCCUUCAGACCUGCUGUGCCCAGAAACCUAUGCCUGGGUACAGAUAGAGCAAUGCCUACUGCAGUUGGAGAACUCCCGAUAUGCUCGAUUCAACCAGGAUCCUGAUGCAGGAGACCCUCGGGUGCUGAAGGAUGUGGGCAGAGCCUUGGUGCUAUACAGACGGGCCGUGAUGCCGUACGCAGCUUACUCCCGCAAACGCAAAGGCUCCAGCGACGAGACGGAGGUGCAGCAGUACGCUGACCUGGUGGGCCAGGACAGUGCCGAGAGGAUAUUGCUCUACCGCGCCUAAAAACACAGACGGCGUCACACCACUGCACCUUUUUAUUAUGUAACGUCUGUCUGUCUCCGUUCCUGUACGUUUGUGCGUCUCUUCGCUGUCUGUGAAAGUGCUCUCUGCUGCCGCUCCCAGUAGUCCCUGCAAAGGCUGGAUUAACGCAGUAGCCAACCACUAUGUAUGUAUCCAUUCACCCAUUGGCCUCGUUCAUCAGUUAUGUCUCCUUCAACAUUUAUUUUCAUUUUAUUCAUCAAUUAAUCCUGCAGCAUCUAUUCUCAGUUUAGUUUGUCUGCAUCCUUUUUGUUUUGAUUUGUCUCCCUUCAGAGACCGGCCCCUUGAAUGUAAUUAAUUGCUUUUAUUUUAUUUUCAACCUCAAUUCUUAAGUAGCUGGGGUUCCUUGUGAUGAUCCACACAGGUGACAGCUCUCCUCUGAACUGACACAGGUGCACGUUGUCCUUUGAAUGUUAGUUAUUUUGGUUGUCAAUUGCUUCCAUUAAAUCUCCAACCUUAAUUACGCCACAACAUUAAUUUUCUUUUUUUCCUUUUCUUAUCACUGGGUUUAUUAAUAGCAACACACUUACUGUUGUUAAUGUUAUAUUUAUAUCUUUAUUUGAUUUUCUUUUAAUAUUGACACUGUUCUGUUUAUGUAAGCCAAAUAAAUGGGUUGUAUAUUCCUU